GAUGGGAGGAGGUUGGUGAUUGGCUCAUGUGUGGAAUGUAAGGCCAUGGUGCAGGUGGGACAGAGUAUGCAGCAGGACAGGGAGAGGCUUGGACAUGGAGCCUUAGACGGGGAGAGGAAAGAACCAGAAACAUCCUCGCCACAGUCUAGACAUAAGGCGUGUACUGUGAUUGAAAGUGUGGCUGGAGCCAGUAAGGAGGUGGACUCUGGGCCUUCGCAGCCUGCAGAUGACCACACUCCUUCUCACACAGUGACCUCAGAGCCAGAAAAAGCUGACCGAGCUGACCGCCCACUUUCCAGCAUGAGCCAUGAGCCAAAGUCACCAUCGUUAGGAAUGAUCUCCACGGCGACCCGUACCACGGCGACGGUCAGCCCCCUCACCCCGUCGCCUCUCAACGGCUCAAUCGUAGCCAAUGGAAGCCCCGCUACCCAGUCUGCUCACUCUGGAUUUGCUGCAGCCCUCCGUAAACUGGCCAAACAGGCUGAAGAACCUCGAGCUGCGUCCUCCAUCAGCAGUGAGUCUUCUCCAGUGUCCUCCCCAGCCACCAACCACAGCUCUCCAGUCAGUACGCCCAAGAGGGGUCCCCUUGGUCCAGGGCCUGUCCUGGUUCCCCCAGUGGGCCACAGCGUGCCAAACACUCCACCUGUAGUCACCAUUGCUCCAACAAAGACUAGCAACGGCCUCUGGAGGAGCGAGGGACGCCAGGCUGACUCGGGGCCUCGUGGGGCCAGCAGGGAACGUCUGGGUGCAGAGGGGAACCUCCCACAGGAAAAGGGGGGCCCCUCAGUCCCUGCCCACCUCCUGGGAAACCCCUAUGCCUUUGGUCUCACCCCCAGCGCUGUCAUGCAGGAUUCACGUUUCCAGCCCCUCAAUCUGCCCAGACAGUUGCCUAACGCAGUGCCCCCUGGUCAUGUACCAGAAGAGUACCUCCGGGGUUUCCGGCCCUAUGCUACGACCGAGGAUGCCCUGCGCAUGCCCUCUUUGCCGUUGGGCCUGGACCCCGCCACUGCAGCUGCCGCGGCUGCCUACUACCACCCCAGCUACCUUCCCCACCCCUCCUUCACACCGUACAGGAUGGAUGACCCGUUCUGCCUCUCUGCUUUGAGGUCACCUUUCUAUCCCCUGCCAGGAGCAGGAGGUUUACCUCCCAUGCAUCCUUCUGCUGUUCACAUGCACCUACCAGGGGUCCGCUACCCCGGAGACUUCACGCACCCCUCACUGUCAGCACUGCAGUCUGAGAGGCUUCAGCUGGAGGAUGAGCUACGGCAGAGAGAGAGGGAGCGUGAACGAGAAAGGGAGCGUGAAAAAGAGAGGGAGCGUGAGGCGGAGAGAGAGAAGGAGCGGGAGAGAGAACGAGAGAGGGAGAGAGAGCGGGAGAAGGAGCUGGAGAGGGAGAGAGAGCGCGAGCGGGAAAGAGAGCGCGAGAGAGAGAGGGAGAGGGAAAGAGAACGAGAGAAGGAGCUGGAGAGGCAGAAGGAGAGAGCACUGAGGGAGAAGGAGCUGCAGGCAUCCAAGGCCAUGGAGAGCCACUAUCUGGCUGAGCUCCAUGCCAUGAGGGGGCAGGAGGACCGAACCAAGCCUGAGAGACUCACCCCUAAUCGGGCUGAUAAAACCAAAGAGCCCAACCCUCCAGCUCCUAAACCAGUUCCACCAGGACUCCACUCUUCAAUGGUCCAAUCACAUCAUCCCAUCCCUGGUCUAAUUCCAGGCCACGGCCUCUACAUGGGGUCCAGCGCUGUAGGGUCCGGGCUCUCUGCCUCGAUGAUCGCACAGAGGAACAAUGAGGAGGAGAGGUGGUUGGCGCGGCAACGUAAGCUGCGGCAGGAGAAAGAGGAUCGUCAAUACCAGGUGUCUGAAUUCCGCCAGCAGGUUCUGGAGCAGCACCUGGACAUGGGUCGGCCAGCUGACGCACCAGAUCACAGGACAGACUCACACAGAUCCAUACCAAAUCACCAUGAACCAGGAAGCCGGGAUCUCCACCCUCACUUAGGCGCCCCUCCACCCCUCAUCUCCCCGAAACCUCCUCUGCCACCACGUGAACACCACCCUCCCACCACCUUGUGGAACCCUGCAUCUCUUAUAGAAACCUCCUCAGAGUCCAGACGUAACCACGAGCCCUCAGGGAUGGGACACUAUGAGCUCAGUCGGCUACCCCCAGGGCCCUCCAAAUAUGAGGAUGGAUCACGAAGGAGAGAGGGGGGAGCGAUGGAGAAGUAUGCCCCAUUGAGAGGUCCUCCGGGCCUGCCGGAACCCAGCACAUUCCUUGCUGAUUUGGAGAAAUCCACCCAGACCUUCUUCAGUCAGCAGAGGUCAACACUGUCCCUGUCCAGCCAGUACGAAUUAGAGGGAGCCAUGAAAAGCAAUGCAGGACUAAAGGGCCUCCAGGGACACCCGGGGCACAGUAGACAUGGACAAGGGCUAGGAAUGGUCGCCGGGCCAGGGAUGGGACAGGUAGCCACACUGAUGGGUCCAGACACGAUGCUGAUCUAUGACGAGUUCCUUCAGCAGCACCGAAGGCCUGUCAGCAAGCUGGACCUGGAGGAGAAGAGGAGAAGGGAAGCCAGGGAGAAAGGUUACUACUAUGAGCUGGAUGACUCAUAUGAUGAGAGUGACGAGGAGGAGGUGAGAGCCCAUCUCAGGAGAGUAGCAGAGCAGCCCCCACUCAAACUGGAUGACUCCACAGAGAAAUUGGACUUCCUGGGAGUGUUUGGCCUGACCACUGUGGGCCGGCGAGAUGAGCUGGUGCAGCAAAAGAGAAGGAAAAGGAGGAGGAGGCUCAGGGAGCGCAGCCCCUCGCCACCUGCCUCGCUCUCAAAACGCACUCCUCCUCCUCCUCCCCAACUCAGUACACGCUUCACCCCUGAGGAAAUGGACCGAGCACCAGAGCUGGAGGAUAAGAAGCGGUUCCUCACCACGUUCAGACUGUCCCAUGUCACUAUACAGCAGAGGAGAGAUAAUGAAAGGGUGGUGGAGUUGCUUCAAGCCAUUAAAGAAAAGAGCGUAACCUUGGAUACCAUCAGACAUGCCCCUCAUCCGUUGUGUAAGAGCCCUCCAGCACAGAUUUCUGAUUCUGCAUUUGCCCAGCCUUCCACUGAAUCAGAAGGCCACCACAGUGUCAGACCUCAUAGCCCCUCCUCGCAUUGCCCAGCGUCCCCCAAUGGUCAUCCAAAACCCCUUGGGGAGACAUUAAGACCAAAGGAACCCCCUUCUCCAGCUGUCUACCCAGACAAGGCCCGGGGGCCCGGUGAGGGGACGGUCUCUAAGAGGAGCUCCAGCCUGCUGAACAGCUUGCGGCCCCCACACCCCCUGCAGGCUAAAGAAGGCCUUCACAGCGUCAAUGGACGCACCAAACCCUGGGACAGCUUCACCCCGGAGGAAUUUGCCCAGCAGUUCCAUGAAUCAGUGCUUCAGUCCACGCAGAAGGCUCUGCAGAAACAUAAAGGUGGAGCAACGGGAAUGUCGGAGUCGUCCCACCUCCAGGAGUCCUCUGUUCACUACAACAUUCCAGAGCUUCAGAGCGCCCCUGGUCGCCCGCCACAGACGCAUUCACAAUCUCACUCCAAUGCAAAUUCAUUUCCCCAUCCGCUCUCACAUGCUCACCCUCAGCCCAACGGGCAGCACUUCUCUGUAGCUCUACACCGGGAGGCCUCAGGGACAAGGGAGGACAUGUCUGCUCCAGAGGACUCUGAGGAGGAAGAGGAUGAAGAGGAGGAGGAGGCUCCUGUUUCCAAGUGGCAGGGAAUUGAAUCUAUAUUUGAAGCUUAUCAGGAAUAUGUUGAAGAGCAAAGUUUGGAACGACAAGUGUUGCAGAGCCAGUGUCAAAGACUAGAAGCUCAGAACUACAACCUCAGUCUGACUGCUGAGCAGCUGUCUCAUACCAUGGGGGAGCUGAUGUCCCAGAGACAGAAGCUAGCGGUGGAAAGGGAGAAGCUACAAGCAGAGCUGGAGCACUUCAGGAAGUGUUUGACGCUGCCACAGACACACUGGCCGAGAGGCGGCCAUUAUAAAGGCUACCCUCCCAGGUGACCCCAACACGCUGACCUGAUGGCCGCCAGGCCCCCGGCCACUGCCCCUUUCAGACUGACACCCAGAGUUUAUUUUUCAUGGCCCGGUCCACAUGGCUCCACGGAGGAGAAUAUGGCUGGCUAGAUAAGAUGAAUGAAUGAAUUGAGUGAGUGGAUGGAUGAUAGAUGAAUGCACAGGAGACAGGACCAUACAGUGAAGGACAGGUAGUCUUUGGAUUGUGGCCAGCCAGGGACUGUGCCACGAGCCACGAACGUGUGCCAAUGUAGCCAACCCAGAGAGCGUGGGGCAGGAGCACCUGAAGAUCAACACAAACACACACGCACCUGCUUGUCACACAUUCUUCAGUCCCCCGAUGCUCUAUUGUUCAGUCCCUGCAUCCCUCACCGCCACAGCUACACAGACAAUCCUGCCAAUGAGGGAGCAGCUACCCCAGGAGGGGUGUUGUCUAGAGACUUGAACGCUCCAAAGGCUACUGGCCAGCUGGGACUGAUUUUAUCACAGUGGCCGUGUGAGCUUUUGAACUGGAAAUGCACUUAAGAAUAAAAGCUGAAGAACUACCUGGUGGUACUGUGUUACAACAAAGAACUGUUCGAAUUAGGGAAGAACUUAGAAAAUGCACAUUUUUGGAAAGAAUUAAGGAAAUGUUUUAUUUCGAAAUAGAAAAUUUGAGAAUAAGAAUUUUAAAAGGUGCUUCAGCCUUGUAUUGUAUAUAAUAUGAAGACUUAAAAGAAUUUUGUAUGUUUUUAUUACUUUAAUCAUUGUUCUUUUAAAGAAAAAGCCUGCCAUUUUUAUAUGUUUAUGCUUUUUUGGGUUGGAAAAGAAAGCCUUGCUUUUAGUGUUUGUACUGCUGCUGGCCAGAACAGCUCGUUUUGAGACAUUGAACAGAGUGAGAGAGAGAGAACAGGAUACACACCUCCUCUUACUCUCUCCAGACCCAGCCACAACCACCUCAUCUGGCAUCUGAGCUCAGCAAAGCUUACAUAGAGACAUGACUCCUGCCCUCUUGUCCCCCUUCCUUCACAGCAACAUGUGUCUCUGUUUUAACGCCCGUCAACAACUCCUCUGGUCAGCGUCACUGCUGCUGGCACUCAUACAAAAACCAGUUGAGAUCCACAGUUACAUCAUUUUUUUGUGUUUUGUUUUUUUUUACUUUGGUGACUUGACAUACUUGAUUUAUUUUUUGUAAAGACAUGAAGAGUCUCUUAAGCAGCCAGCUGAUGAAACUGGUUCUUGAUGCUUUAUCCUACCAUUGGACCUUUCACUUCACUUAGUUAUGACAUUAUAUAUCAUCCGACUCAAAGGACAAAAUGGUUUGCAUAAUGUUACGCCUUACAAGCCCUUAUCAGCAGCCAUGAGAGGACACAGUGCCAAAUUUAAAACAAAAAUUGUAGCAUUUUGAAUUCUUAAUUUUAAAUUGAGUUGCAAUUAGAUAGCCAAACUUUCAAACCAGAAUGGCCAUCUUUCACUGCUGAGUACCUUUGACCCCAGUCAUCUCUUUUAGCACUCCCACUACCCAAAGUUGCCAAUCACACAGAAAGUAGACUCAAACU